CUAAACUAAAAAUGAAAGCAAUAUAAACAUUUAAUGAUUUACAGGCUUCAGCAGUGUGAAGAUGGCUGGUCAUUUGCAAUGCAUUGAAAUAGCAGUCCAGCAGCUUAACCAAUUCAAUCCUGAAAAUGAGAGUGUUAGGCAUUUUUUGGACAAAUCAGCUAAAAUUUUACAGGCUUCUAAAGUAAUGGAUCAAACCUUUUUGAUGGCAAUUUUGUCUGGCUGUAUAGAAUAUAAACCUUUAUUGGAUGUUGUGGUCAAUGCAUUUUAUAUCCGAGAUGGAAAACAUUGCCUGAUGUCUGAGCGUAAUCUGUAUGUUGUUGUUUGUUACUUGGCCACUUUUCAAAUGGAAGAACUUGGACUUCAGCAGUUCAACAGAAUAGUCAAGUCAAUGGAUGUUGCUAAGAUAUGUAAGUUCCUUAGGUUCUUCUUUAAUGUUAUGAAUUUACGCACUUGGAUAAAAGAUGAAUGGAGCCAGAUAUAUGAUUCUGUUUACGUAAAUGACAAAUGGAUCGAACCAUUGCAAAGAUGGCAGCCAAAAGUGAAACAACUGAUUGAUCUACUUGAUGAUAAGCUAGAUAAAGACACUACUAGAACUUCAAAGAUAACUGAACCAAACGAGUUUCACUUGACAAUCCCUAAUCCACGAACAAUACUGAUUCCUGAGCAAAUCCAGCAACAAGAGAAAACAAAACCUGUUCCCGAAAACACUUACAAACCUCCUAGACUGAAGCAGUACCUAGAAGGAAUCAAAUUGAAGAAUCGUCGAAAAGCAGAGGAACUACUACUAGAAGCAAACAUUAACCAGUUUAGUUGUGCAGCCUCAAAGCCUGAUCGUAAAAGCCUCAUUAAAAAUGAAAUUCCGAACUAUGCAGAGAGAUUUCAGGCUCAGAAGAUUAAAGGAAAGACUGAGAAUUCACCUGUUAAAUUAAAUGCAACAGCAAUAUUAAGAGAAGGUGUCCUUUACCAACGAAAAGUGGAACAGGAGCUCAACAGAAUUGAACAUCUUUUACGAGGAGCUCGAGAUCCAUCUGAGUUUCUGGAAUGGCAAAAGCAAAUGCGUGAGAAAGAUUUGGAUCAACAACUGACAGAAACAGAGUGUAGGAGGCUUCAAGGAAAACUAAGCUAUGAGGAGGCUAUUUUGUCACAUCAGAAUUGUAUUCAGGAAAAUCGGAAGAAAGCUGAGCAGAAGAGGGAAGAGAAAGCAGAAAUGAGUCAUCAAUGCUCAGAAAGACAUCUUCAAGAAAGGAAGGAAAAGAAAAAAACGGUGCAGCAGGUGGUAGAAGGUCGCAAAAAUGUGAAGCAAGCACAGAUGAAGCUCCAAAAAUACAAACGCCAAAUAGUUCAGGAAGUGUCUGAAGAAAGCCAGGUAAUCUUGCUUCAAGCUUUAAAAGAAGAAGAAGAGAAAUUCAAAAAAAGAUGUGAAUUAAUUCAACAAAUAAGAGCUAUUGAGUAUCUACCAUUCCUAAAGAACAAGUUUGUUGACUUAACACAGACUCCUAAUCAUGGUGUUCUUGGUGAGAUGUCAAUAGUGGAGCUGCAAGAACGCUUAGCCUUGUUGAAGGAAGCUCAGAAAAAGGCAGAAGAGGAGAAGAGGGAUCUGAUUAUUUGUGAAAAACUCACUAAGGAACAGCUUCUUUUGGGCAAACUGGAACAGAUCUCCAUGUUCAGAGAACAAUUUGGAAGAGCAGCUGCAUUGAAGCAGGAGGAAAAGAAAAUUAAAGCUUCAUAUCAUGAAGGCAUUUUGAAAGAUGAACGAGUUUUAGAUCUACAAAAAAAAAUUGUGGAAAAAUCUAUGGCACGUAAAAUGCAAACUGAAUAUUUAAAAAUGACACCCCUGCAGGUCAAUGAAGGGUCAAGGAGAUCUUGGAAGUCAGAGAAAAAAUGUCAGCAAGAGGAUCACUGGAAGAAGUUGGAAGAAAGCCGCCGCCGACAGUUUAAGAUGCUUCAGCAUGAUUUUAUGUCACGAGAAGUGGCUCAAAAAAUGAUUACAAAUGAGAUUAUGAGAACUGGAACUACUGCUGGUAUAUUGCGAUCUUAAGUUAGACAAAAUUAUUUGUAAAUAUAUUUCUGUCUACUAAACAAUUACUACCAAUGCAUCUCCAUUUCUAUAGUUGUCUCUAGAAAAUAUUACUAGGUAAUAUUAAAAGCUAAUUUUCAAUCUGUUAAUUUGUUGGAAGCCUUGACUUUUUGAGCAGUCUAUGGAAUAGUAAUAUUACUGGAGAUCAGAAGAAAUGCAUGUUACAUUUUCUCAAAUAAAUUUUCCAGAAUCA